UCCAAUGAUCCAUCAAACUCUCCGAUCAAACCUUUUAAUGUUUAUUGAUUUAUUUUUUAUUUAUUUUUUAAAUUGAAUUAAGCAUAAAUAACUCUUGUUGUUUUGCGUGGAGGUGUAGGAUUACUUAGCUUGUAGUCAUGGUUGAAUUCUAUCAUCCCUGAACACAACGGUAGGCAUACAUAGGCUUCAAAAGCUAACAUAUAAAAUGGCAAACCCCACAAAAGAAGAGAUCUUAAAAUUCAAGCGAGGCUCAUUUACUCUGUAUUUAGUUCAUUUGAAAUGACAUCAUACAUGAAAAGAGUACCAUUUGGGUAGUUUGAGGAUUAAGUAAAAAUCCAAUGAGAAAUCUUGGAAAAACAACAUGAUAUCUCAUAACAGCUUUUUCUUCUCUUUUCCUCUGCUUUUUUAAUCUACCAUUGCAUCUAUUUGCAAGCCACCUACUUUGCUUAGAAGGGAAAACUCGUUCCCAAUUUUGCUCAUAGAUCUUUAUAUAAUGGUACUCUGGUGAAAAAAUGAAUAUAUGAAAUCAGACUUACAGAGACUGAUAACCAAGAGAAAAAGCCAUGGAAAGAAGACUAAAUGUAUGGAUACAAUGCUUCUUGGUGGUUUUAACUUGCCUCCAAGUUGACAGCAGUUCAUAUAAUGUCAUGAAAUGGGAGGAAGCCGAACAGAGGCAGGUGUUGGAGGAAGAUGAUAGCCAGGGAGAUUACUGGGAUUUUGUGCAAACAAAAGGCACACAGUUUAUGGUGAAUGAUUUGCCAUUUUAUAUCAAUGGGUUCAACACAUAUUGGCUCAUGGUGUUUGCUGUAGAUCCUUCAACCAAACCCAAGAUCAGUGAAGUGUUUCAGCAGGCAGCUUCUGUUGGACUUACAGUGGCAAGGACUUGGGCUUUCAAUGAUGGAGGAUGGAGAGCUCUCCAGAAGUCUCCAGGUGUUUAUGAUGAAGAUGUCUUCAAGGCCUUAGACUUUGUCAUCAGUGAGGCCCACAAGAAUAACAUUAGGCUUAUCCUGAGUUUAUGCAACAAUUGGGGUGCAUAUGGAGGAAAAUCACAGUAUGUGAAAUGGGGACUUAGUGCAGGUUUAAAAUUGAGUUCUGAUGACGCCUUCUUUGCAGAUCCCACUCUCAAGACCUACUUCAAGGACCACAUCAAGAAAGUUCUGACAAGAGUUAACACAAUCACCGAUAUUGCAUAUAAGGAUGAUCCCACCGUAUUUGCCUGGGAGCUAAUGAAUGAACCUCGCUGUACUUCUGACCCAUCUGGUGACACGCUACAGGAAUGGAUAACCGAGAUGGCUAUCUAUGUGAAAUCAAUAGACAGAAAACACCUAUUGGAAAUCGGGACAGAAGGAUUCUAUGGACCUUCAAGUCCUGACAGAGAUGGAUUUAACCCCAACACUUAUGCUACACAAGUAGGAACAGAUUUUAUGAGGAAUCACCAAGCUCUUGGCAUUGACUUUGCCUCUGUACAUAUUUAUCCAGAUAGCUGGAUCUCACAAUCAGUUUCUCCAUCUCACCUCACCUUUGUUAGUAGCUGGAUUAAAGCACAUAUUCGAGACUGUGACAAGAUCCUGAACAUGCCUGUUUUAUUUUCUGAAUUUGGGACAUCAAGCAGAGAUCCAGGGUACAAUAGCAGUUACAGAGAGACCUUGAUACAAACUGUUUAUGACAACAUUAUGUUGUCAGCCAAGAAAGGAGGAGCUGGAGCAGGGAGCCUGAUUUGGCAGCUCUUUCCAGAGGGGGUAGAAUACAUGGCAGAUGGGUAUGAAGUGGUACUUUCAAAAAGUCCUUCAAUAGCCAAAAUCAUGAAAGCGCAGUCAGUCUCCUUGUGGGCACUUAGCUCUGUAUGUCAGUGGAGCUUUAAGUGGAGCUGCAGAAGAGAUGUCAUUAAUUCGCCUGCUUUUAUCUCAUUGACUGCUGAUCUUUUAGGUGGAGUGGAAGCGGCCCAUGAAUUAUGAAGCGUGCAAAUUAGUAUUAUGCACUCAGUAUAAAAUUUGUAUGCCCUGGAAUGCUAUGUGACUGUACUGACACACACAUAUAUACCACCAUACAAUUCUUUAU